AUGAAAAUUAUUUUUGAAGUUAGUUGUAGUCUUGUAAAGUCACGAACUUCGCUGAGCUAAGCUAUUUUUGACAACGCGGUCUGCUCAGCGGCUGAAAAUCUACCGGAAAUUCUCAUUUCUCAUCGCCUGUCUUUUCGAAUUAACCCAAGUACAUACCCGCGAUUUUUUAACAUGAGUAAUGCUCGUUUUCCGCUGCCCAAUUCUUGUUUGAUUACAUCUUUUGGACACAAGACGCAAAAAAAGUUGAAAGAGAAAAGAAAACGAAAAUUGAGGCUAUAGUAAAUUGGUUCACUUUUUCCCGUUUUUUGUUUUAGUUUAGUUAGUUUUUUCUCAUUUUUUUUGGGAAAUUGGUUGGAAAACGGUUUACGUUGCACAUUUUCAAUUCUCACACCAAACUCCACCCAUUUUUUGGGUGGAGAUGUGAAUGAGUGUCCUUUUUUCCCUGGACAUUGUUCUCUUUUGUUGUUGCAACAAAAUUUGUAGGUUUGUGUGGGAAAGUGGGCUUUUUUCGGUUUGAAAAAAGUUGUUAGCAGUACUUUAGAGGAAAAUAGCUGGUUUCAGGUCGAUUUUCUUAGUCGUGGCUGAGUUUUUGUCGGAUUCUCGGCCGUCAUUUUGAAAUUACGACGUAAUUGUCAAAAUUUUGAAUUUUCCCGCCAAAUGUUCAGGCUGUGACCAAGUUUUGUCGGAUCCUAGGCCACGAAGGUCGCGAAAUUUCAAAAAUUUGAAUAACCGUGUUUUUCUGUCUAAAAAUCGUGAACUUUCUCCUCUGAGACGAAUUUCGAAAUUCCAAGCCACAGCCGAGUUUUGUCGGAUCCUAGGUUAUCAGAUGUCGCAAAAUUUCGUAUAUCGGAAUUAGCAUGAAAUUUUGAAUUCUGACAUUUUGUGCCGAAAAACGUGUAUUUCUCUCGGACGAGUUUUGUCGGAUUCUAGGCCACCUGUUUUUCCGAAUUCAAAAACCACACCCCGAUUUUUCCCGCACUCUCCAAAUGCAUUUUUCAUCGUUCGCCUUUCAGUACACUUAUAAAAUUUUGCUAACAGUUUAGUUUUUUGUGUGUUACACAAAAUUUGAGAACAAAUAUGUGGAGACACAAAUAAAUAAUAAUAAUAAUAGAAAAGGUACAAAAUCUAUUAUGUGUCUGUUUUUUUUUUCAAUUUUUUGGCUGAUGUAUUUAGUGUACAUAUAGAAAAUGUUUGUUGUUGUUGUCAAAAAUCAUCAAAAAUUGUUGAUGACUACACAAAUUUACAUACUGUUUGUUUUGUUUUUCGACUCACUGAUAAGUGCAUUUUGAUUGUGAAGGGAGCUACUAUUUUUGAACGAGAGAAAUUGCGUAUUGUGUAUGAUUUUUCGCUCGUUUUUGCGAAAACCCUCAAUUUGUCAGACAAUUAUAUAAGUUUAUCGAUCGUUUUCGACGAAAAUCGUAUCAACUUAAAUUUUCUGAUAGGGAAAUGAAGGUUUUCUCGACAUUUUAAAUUGUUUGUUACCGAUUUUUGGUGUUUGGUUUGAUCUCGAACUUAUUCUAAGUCCGAAAAUCGGGAUUUUUAUGAAAUUUCGUUCUAGAAACCUUUCUGAAAAUCCAUUUUUCUUGGAAAUCGGAAUUUUCGUGAGAAAAACUUCGAAUUCCACGAAAACUACAAAUUUCGUAUGGAGUUUUAUAGUUUGUUCAGUUGAACUUGUUAUUUUGUCAAAUUUUCAGUUGAAUCUAACGAAAUUCACCUUUCGCUUUGUUUCUGGCUGAAAAUUUCAGAUUUUUCAGCCACAAACAAAGCGAAUUUGUGUAUUUUGAUCUGAAAAUUUGGCAAAAAACAAGUUCAACUGAACAAUCUAGACAAUUCCAUCCAAAACAAUACGAAAUUUGUAGUUUUCGUGGAAUUUUGAGUUUUUCUCACGAAAAUUCCGAUUCUGGGAUGCUAUAUCCCAAGAAAAAUAGAUUUUCUGUGAGGCUAAAGAUUUCUAGGACGAAAUUUCGUACGAAUUCCGAUUUUCGGACUUAGUUCAAGAUCAAACCAAACACCAAAAAUCGCUAACGAAUUCUCCAAUUACAGUCCAAAAAUCUUGAAAAUCCUUUUUCGUUACUUACGAAAUCCAUUUUUUCCACUCUGUAUGUUUUUUGAUCUCUCUAGAGAUCUUUAAUUUCGCAACAACACAAAGAUAAAAACAGCAAUUUCCUUGCCCACUUGAACUUGAACAAGAUAUUUUUGCUUCUUGUCCCCAGAUUUUCAGCCAACCAAAUAAUUAAUUUUCGCCUCGCUCCACUCGCCAAAAAAAAAUGAGAAAAACCCGAAAGCCAUCUUUUGAUUUUCUCAUAUAAAUCAUCUUCUCUUUUCGCUUUUUUUUCUCAGUGUUCUUUCUCCUUCUUAUUUUCCUUCUUCUGAUAAUAAAAACGUCAAAAUUGCUGCUAAUUUUGGGAUUAUUUUUCGCUAUUGAUUGAUUCUUUUUUGAAAAUAAUAAUAAUCGCAAUUUUCAAUCUUUUAGGUGUUUUUUGUUUGGCAAGUCGACUAACACGGGAACAACCAAUUUAUAGGAAACUUUUUUUCGAAUUUGUUUUAGAAGAAUGUGAGUUUUCUUACAAUUAGAGAGGGCUUUAAAGGUGCAUGGGAAGAGAUUUGAAAAAUGGUCUUGAGAGGAAUUCCAGAUUCUUGUAACACCUUCAACAUUCAAAUUUUCCACAAAAUAUACUUGUAAAAUCGUUCGCUACUUGAAAAUUUCAAUUAUUUCUGACUGUGGGAUUUUUAAAGGCGCAUGGGGUUUUGAGAUUGGGUCUUGAGAGGAUUUUCCCUGAAAGUUUCAACAUCAAAAGGUUAUAGUUAGAAAAUCGCCUCAAAAAACCCCGUGCGCCUUUAAAAAUCAACAGUCAAGAUUAAUUGAAAUUUUCAAGUAGAGAACGAUUUUACAAGUAUAUUUUGUUGAAAAUCGGAAUUUCUAGAAAAAUGAGAAUUUUUAAUGAAUUUUUUAAGCUAGAGCAAAGUUUUUACACAAAUUUUUGUAUUUCACAAAAAAAUCAAAUUUUGAAGGCACAUUCUUACUUUCUCCCGCGGGUCCUGCCACGAUUUUUCGUUAAAUUUCCAAAAUUUGGCAAUUUUUAAAUUCUAAAACUGUUUUUUCUUCUUUUGAAAAGCAAAUUUUAAACCAAAAUUUCAAAGGCACAUCUUCUCGGGUCUCGCCACGAUUUGUCCUUGUUUCACUUCCCUUUAAACCCCGAUAUUUUUCCAGAUUUCAAAAAUGAAGAAAUUAAAACGUCGUUUGAGUGCCGCUUUUCGAUCUGGAAGCAACAAUAAUGUUAGUAUUGGAAGUUCGGGUGGAAAUAGUUAUUAUGAUUCGGAAUGUGGUAAGAUUUUUGUGAAGAUUUUUGAAAAAAACAAGCAAGAAAGAGGAGAUUUUAUGACAAGUCGUAAAAUAACAGAGCGAUUUUCAUGGAUUUUUUUCUGUUUUGAGGAAUUUCUGGAGGUGUUUUUGAUUGAAAAAAAUUCCGAAAUCUAGAUUUUUCUUGAACUUUUUGGUAGAAAAUUUUGAAUUUUCGACAAAAUCUCUAUUUUAAAAGUGAAUUUUUCGGAAUUUUCCCCUCCAAAACCUCCAAUUUCUUCUCAGACACUCGAAGUAUGGUAAUUGGUUAUGGUAUGAUGUCAGCACCAGUUCAUAAUCGCUGCUGGACUCCGCUUUCCGAAUCAAUGUCACAUUUAUCUGAUAAAUUGGCUGUUGAUGGAACGAUUAUGGAAGAAUGCAUUGAUCCGGCAACACUUUUGAGAGUUUCGAGAGGUGGAACUGCUGGAAGACGAUAUGAUACUAAUGUGUUAGUUUUUGAGAGGAUCUUGGGGAAAUUUGUUGAAAAUUCUGAAAAAUCAACGUUUUUUGAUGGAAAAAUGGUGUUUUCACAUAAAUUUUCAUUUUUCAAACUUCAAAUGUGAAUUUCUAGAAAUUUUCUGUAAUGAAAGUUACUUGAAAAUUCACAUGAUUUGAAAAAUCCAGAUAAGCUCAAUAAAAACUAUGACAUUUUCAAGAAUUCAGGGUUUUUCGAGUGGAAAUCCGGUUUUCUUGCACCUUUCUGACAUGAUUUUUGAGCCAGAAUUUCUUUUUUGAAACAUAAAACAUGGGAUUUGUAAAUUUUGAAGAUUUUUGUGAAAAUUUGGAUUUUUCUGAACCAAACAACUCUUAUUUGCAAGGUUUUCGGUCAAUUUUUGGUUAAAAAUUGGAAAUUUCAUGAAAAUUAGGGUUUCUAAGUUCUAAAGCUCUUCCCAAACUUGAAAAAAACCUGAAAUUAAUUUAAAAAUAAUAAUUUCUGACCAAAAUCAAAAAAAAUUCAAAUUUUUAUGAAAAUUGGGGUUCCCAAGCUUUUCUCAAACUUGAAUAACCUGAAAUUAAUUUUUUUUUCGAAUUUUAUGUUCUUGUGAAGGUUUUGAGAUACUUUUAAAUCUAAUUUUUAAUCGAAAUCAAAAAAAAUUAAGAAUUGCUCUUUCAAAAUCUUCCAAACCUGAAAUUAAUUUUUCAAAUCUCUUCAGAAAUUAUCUUGGCGGAAUGCACCAUCAUCCACCUCCACCACCAUCAUCAAAAUCUACGAAAUCACACCAUUAUCAACCGCCGCCCAGAACUCAUAGCUUAUAUUAUCCACGUGGAUAUUCGGGAGGUCGAAAUUCGUAUUAUGGAAGUAAUGCUUGUGAGUUCUUGUUUUUGGGAGAGGAAAUUUGA